AUGGCGCUUAACUGGGGUAUAUGCAGCACAGGGAAGAUUUGUAACGACUUCUGUUCUUGUCUGAAGUCUAUGUCUGCACAAGAUCAUCAGAUUGUUGCGGUUGUUUCUAGGUCUAUGGAUAGCGCAAAGAAGUUUGCUUCUAAAUUCGAAAUUCCAAAGACGUAUGAUUCCUACGAAAAAUUUGCAAACGAUCCAGAAAUAGAUGUCGUUUACAUCGGUUCAGUAUGCACAGAACAUAUCAGACUGUAUGUAAUAAUGUUGAAAGGCGGGAAACAUGUAUUAUGUGAAAAACCAUGUUCAAUAUCAGCAGAUGAGGUAAAAAUGGUGAACAAACUUGCAAAGGAGAAGAAUUUGUUCUUUAUGGAGGGUCUCUGGGUUCGGUGUUUUCCCACUUACAAGAAAAUAAGAGAAGAAUUAAAAUCCGGUAUAAUUGGUGAUCCACAAAUGGUGUCAGUUCGAUUUUGUACUUCUGUUAAUUUUGCUGAUUUAGCUGCCAAUGAGAAAUACCCGAUCGAAUCUGGAGGUUUUUUGCUUGAAGCUGGUAUUUAUACUGUGCAGUUUGCUCUUAUGGUUUACGGAGAAUUGCCCGUAUCAAUAACAGCGGUCGGAGAAGUUAUCGAAAAUGGGUAUGAUGUGGAUGAAUGUAUAAUCUUAACCUUCAGCAAAGGUCAGAAUGCAUGCCUCAUGUGCAGCUCAAAAUGUUGUCAUGAAAGGAAUACAACCAUUAUAAACGGAACUAAAGGAAGUAUUGAGGUUGCAAGCCCUUUCUACUGUCCAGAAGAAGUAACUCUACCUUCUGGGAUAUUUAGAAACGAAUUACCUCCUGGAUUUUGUCCAUUCAUUUGGAUAAAUGCGAGUGGAUUACGAUAUGAAGCCGACGAGGUUCGUCGCUGUAUCAAAAAUGGUUUGUUGGAAUGCCCUGAUUUCACACAUAAGGAAUCAGAAAUUGUUCAUACCAUAAUAGAUGAAGCAAGCAAAACAGAUUGGUCGACAUAUACCUCAUACACCAAUAAACGUUGAAAUA